UGCUUCGGCUUCGCGCAAGGUGUCAUGGGCGGUCUGUUGACCGUCCCUGCAUUUCUUGAGUGGUUUCCACAAGUCGAUAUUAUCAGCAACUCUUCGUUCCAUAACGCAUGGGUCACAGGUCUUACGGUCGGAGUAUGGCAUGUAGGCUGUAUUGUCUCUGCCCUUCUCACUAUCUUUAUCGGUGACGCCCUGGGACGUCGGCGUACGCUUAUUCUCGGGCUCACAUUCUGGGUGAUCGGUGAGAUUAUUCAAGCAUCGUCGUACAGUUUUGCGCAGUUUCUCGCGGGACGCGCGAUAGCUGGUUUUGGCAACGGCUUCACCACUUCCACCACGCCUGCCUACCAAGCAGAAUGCGUGAAAUCCCACCGCAAGGGCACGAUUCUUAUGAUCAGCGCUGGAGCCUUCGUCUCCUUCGGUCUAGCCCUCUCAUACUGGCUGGUCUUCGGCUUCGCAUACAUCAGCAACUCCUCCGCAGCAUGGCGCGUCCCCAUCGCGUUCCAAAUCAUAUUCGCGUUACCAGCCAUCGUCAUGCUGUUUUUCCUCCCAGAAUCACCACGUUGGCUGAUACUAACGGGAAGGGAGGAAGAGGCGCUCAUAGUCCUCGCAGCGCUGAACGAUGCAGAUACCAGUGACUUCGAGAUCAGAGACGAGUUCCUGCAGAUCAAGGACGCUAUUUUGAUCAUGGCGCAAGGCUCUACAACAAGCAUGUUUUCUAAUAAAGAGCGACGGAGUUUCCACCGCAUAGUCCUUGCAUACUUCGUUCAAGUCUUCCAACAGGGCACCGGUAUUAACCUCGUCCUUCAGUACCUCUCCUGGAUUCUUCUAACUCAAAUGUCAUACACUGGAUGGGUAUCACGGCUUCUCGCCAGCUGCUCCGCCACCGCAUACUUCCUAGCCUCAUUUAUCACAGUUGUCGGAAUCGAUCGCUUCUGGGGUAGGCGUUCGCUAAUGUUGUUUGGGGCUGCGGGGAUGUCAGGGUGCAUGGUGUUGCUUACGCUGUUGCAGUACAUGUGGCUCGAGGUCAACAUUGAGGCAGCAAGAAUUGCUGGCACGGUGUUUUUGUUCGGCUUCUCUGUGUUCUUUGCCAUCGGAUGGCAAGGCAUGGCAUGGCUGUACCAGGUCGAAAUCGUCCCAUUGAGGAUUCGCGGGCCGGCAAAUGGAUUGAGUACUAGUGCGAACUGGACUUUGAACUUCCUCAUUGUUUUCAUUACCCCUAUAGCCUUCCAACGCAUCUCAUACCGCACAUGGAUCAUCUUCGCCGCCACAAACUUCGCUAUCAUCCCACUUGUGUAUUACUUCUACCCCGAGACCGCCUUCCGCUCCCUCGAAGAAGUGGACGUUAUCUUUCAGCUAGCGAACGACGCUCCUGGCAAUCCCUGGCUGAAUGCAGUCAGGUUCAGUAAGAGCGAACCCUUAUGGUUUGGCCAAAGGGGCGAGAAAGGCUUCAAUUACGGAGAUUCAAGCUGGCAUAAGAGGCUGGUCGAUAGCGUUAUCAGCAGUGGUAGUGGUAGUGGAAAUGGUAGUGGCAGUGCAAAUGAGAAGUAUCAUGGCAAGGAUGGGUUAUCUGACAGUACAUCACCCGGCGCAGGGUCGAGUGAUUGGAAUUCUGGAAACCAAACAACGCCACCUCGACGCCCAGCAUCAGAGUCCCCUAUUGAUCCUAUGCUGAGUACUUCGCCUCCUCUGUCUCCAGCGAUGACAGUCACUACAACGAUCCGAAGCGACAGGGAGAAACGCCCCAAUAAGCUACGGAAGAAGAAUAGCAGCAGAGCAGUCCAAAACUCAGUAAGCAGCGAACAUUCAAUAAUCGGAACCAGAAGACUAUCCGAUCCCCUGGCGCCUACCCACCAAAGGACACGCAGUGAUAGCGAAAGCUCGAUACAUUCUGUGCAGCCGGAGUGGUGGACAGAAACCCUCGCUCCGGCACCACUGUCAAUUCGUUCCAGAACGCCGUCAGAG